GUCUGUGGGGGGCAGUGCUGCAUCGGCUGGAGUAAAACACUCGCAUCUCAGCGCUGCACCAAGCCGAACUGUCUCCCUAAAUGUCAGAACGGUGGGAUGUGUCUCCGGCCGCAGAUGUGUGUGUGUAAACCCGGAUCCAGAGGAAAACUGUGUGAACACACCACGCUGCCCAAUCCUGCCGGGAGAUGGAACGGGCAUGGCAACGGACACGGCAACGGACACGGCAACGGGCAUGGCAGCAACGGCAAUGGAUACACCAACGGGCACAACGUCGUGCCACAGCGCCCAAUCCCUCAGCAGGUUUUCCCACAAUCCCUGGCGCAGUACCAGGUACCCGGCACUAACCUGGCACACGUGAGCCUGACCAUGAAAGCUUCACCCAGCGGCCCAAUCCCCUUCCAGCAACAUGUUCAGGCUCCUCUGGCCGUGAACGUGCACCAGGGAAAAACUCAGCAGUUCGUAAUAAAGCCGAAAUUUUACCCCACAUACAACAGCAACACCCCCGUACAGGGGGCGGGACACACCCCGGAGCGCAGCAUCCCCCUGAGGGCAGGACCACACCACAUCCACGCGGUGAACCACACGGGUCGCAUUCGGCUCGUCUUCACUCCCACCAUCUGCAAGCUGACGUGCAGCGGCGGCCGCUGCCUCAACACCUGCGAGAAGGGCAACACCACCACCAUCAUCAGCGAGAACGGGCGCUCCACCGACACCCUCACCGCCCCCAACUUCAGAGUCGUGGUGUGCCACCUGCCCUGUAUGAACGGAGGGAAGUGUAACGCCCGAGAUAAGUGCCAGUGUCCACCCAACUACACCGGAAAGUUCUGCCAGAUGCCAACGCAGAACGGGCAGAGCGCUCAGAUCCACACAACACACACACUCCCACUGACCUAUAGCAACGGUCAGAGCCAAGGUGUGGUGAACAUCCACGUUAAUCAUCCUCCUGAAGCUUCAGUUCAGAUCCACCAGGUCUCUCAGGUGGACACCAGCAGCAGCACCGUGCAGAAGGUCCAGCAGCACAGCAGCGUCUACCAUCAGAACCAGCAGAGCUUCCUGCACUACCAACCCGUCUCAGCCAAGAGCCAGCUGGGACGCUGCUUCCAGGAGACCACCAGCUCCCAGUGUGGGAAAGCUCUCCCGGGUCUCUCUAAACAGGAGGAUUGCUGUGGCACGAUCGGCACUUCCUGGGGAUUCCACAAAUGCCAGAAGUGUCAGAGGAAACAGUCGAUUCCUCUGCUGGAGUGUCCUCACGGCUACAAGAGACUCAACAGCACUCGCUGCAUCGAUGUGAACGAGUGCCAGUUGCAGGGCGUGUGCGCCAGCGGCAUCUGCAUAAACACGCCGGGUAGUUACAGAUGUUUAUGUAAACCUGGAUCUGCUCCUGACGGCGCUCACACCAACUGCUUCUCGGAAGCCCCGCCCCCGGUGCGCGAGGAGGAGAGGGGCGCGUGUUUCCGCGUGUUCGGUGGUGGGCGUCAGUGUUUGCACCCCGUCUCCACCGAACUGAGCAAACAGCUGUGCUGCUGCAGUGUGGGGAAAGCAUGGGGGGCGCGGUGCGAGCGCUGUCCUCUACCUGGAACAGCCGCGUUUAAGGAGAUCUGCCCCGGCGGUUUGGGCUAUCACGUCACCACACCGUACAUCUACAAACCCAAACCUCCUCCCCCUCCGCCCAGCCGCACCCAUCCGGACCAAGCGGAGCAUCUCGAGAGACCCGUGAUUAGGAACCCGGAGCCGACGAUCCGAUUCGCGCCCCUGCCCGUCCCCACGGCCCAGCAACCCGUGGAGGCCUUCGGCUUCACAGAGAGACACCGAGAGGUGGUGGAGAAAACCUCACCAGCCUUACCAUUCGCUAUUUUGCCAUCCAGUGCCAGUCAGGACAUCUCACCAACUCAACUAGCAGAAGUGGACGAGUGUCUCAUCCGGCCGGAUAUCUGUGGUCCAGGGAUCUGCUACAACACGGCCGAGAGCUACGACUGCAUCUGCGACGGCGGGUACCGGCUGAACGAGGAGGGCAGCACCUGCGUGGAUGUGGACGAGUGUGAGGACGACCCGCGUCUGUGUUCCAACGGGCGCUGCAGGAACACGCCCGGGAGUUUCGUGUGUGUGUGUCGCCUGGGCUUCAUCCCCGACGAGGAGGGAACCAGCUGCACAGACUUGAACGAGUGUGAGGCGCUGAGGGUGUGUCCUGAGAACAGUGUAUGUAUGAACACAGUGGGGUCGUACACCUGUCGCCAGUGCAGCACUGGGUACAGAGUGGGUCAGAGCGGCCAGUGUGAAGAUGUGGACGAGUGCCAGCAGGGGGGCGUCUGUCCCUCCGGUCUGUGUUAUAACACCCUGGGGUCGUACAUGUGCAGCCCCUGUCCCCCCGGCUUCCAGGGUAAAGACGGCAAAUGUGUGGAUAUUGAUGAGUGUGCAGAUGAGUCAGUGUGUGUUAACGGUCAGUGCACCAAUAUGGAGGGAUACUUCAUCUGCACCUGUGACGACGGCUUCAUCCCCACUGCCGACCGCAAAGCCUGCACAGAUGUGGAUGAGUGCCAGGAUGAGAGUGUGUGUACGAGGGGUCACUGCCAAAACACAGAGGGCUCGUUCAUCUGUAACUGUGAGACCGGCUUCACCCUGUCUGAGUCACGAGAGCAGUGUGAUGAUGUGGAUGAGUGUCAGAGCUUCUCAGGGUUGUGUGACGGUGUGGGUCAGUGUGUUAACAACAUCGGAUCGUAUCACUGUAACUGCCCCCCCGGGUACAGACAGGUCAACGGUACCCGCUGUCAAGACGUGGACGAGUGUGUGGAGGAACCCCAGAUGAAGGAGCACAGUGUGGAGUGUGUGAACACCGUGGGAUCGUAUCACUUCAUCUGUGAACCUGGAUACACCUGGGUACAGGAUCCACCCAAGUGUGAAGACGUGGACGAGUGCGCUCUGAACAGGAGUGUGUGCAGGAACGGUGUGUGUCAGAACACGGUGGGAUCGUUCCUCUGUCAGUGUGAUCCAGGGUAUCAGGACUCUCACGACGGGCGUGGCUGCCUGGAUCUGAACGAGUGUGAGCUGCUGAGCGACGUGUGCGGUGAGGCCGAGUGUGUGAACACGCCCGGUUUGUUCCUGUGUGUUUGUCCCGGCGAGGGACUCGAGUUCAACCGGAUGACCGCCAAGUGCUUACCUGCACUGAAAGCCUCCUCCACAGAGAGGAAGGAGUGUUACUACAACCUGAGCGACGAGAACCUGUGUGAUAACGUGUUGGCGAGCAGCGUGACCAAGGAGGAGUGCUGCUGUACCCUCGGAGCAGGGUGGGGCGACAACUGUGAGGUCUUCCCCUGUCCAGUACAGGGCACAGAUCAGUUCUCUCAGAUGUGUCCGGCAGGUCAAGGGAACGUCCCGAACGGAGACGCUGCUGCCGUCGAUAGCUACAAAGAUGCAGACGAGUGUUCCCUCUUUAAGGAUGAGAUCUGUAAGGACGGUUUCUGCUUCGAUACGACCGGUGGUUACGAGUGUUACUGCAAAGCUGGAUUUUACUACGACGAGCUGAAGCUGCGCUGUGUAGGCGGAGCUACUGCAGAUUCUCACCACAUCCAGCAGCCCAGCAGGAACAGCGCCGGUGCCGCGGCAGCCUCGGAUACGGACGAGUGUUUGGACGAGUCGAACUGUGUGGGGGGGCAGUGUUUAAAUACCCACGGGUCCUACUUGUGUUUCUGCACCCCUCCCAUGGAGCUGGACCACACCAAAAAACGCUGCGUUUACCACGAGGUGGCAGAGCACCGAGGGCCGAGUGAGGAUAUUUGUUGGGAGAGGGUGUCGCCCUCCAUGACCUGCACCAACCCCCUGAGCGGGAAACAAACCACCUUCACCGAGUGCUGCUGCCUGUACGGAGAGGCCUGGGGCAUGAGCUGCGCCCUGUGCCCAUCCAAACACUCAGAUGACUACGCCUCCAUGUGUAACACUCGGGGCGUCGGCUCGGUCAGGAGGCCGUACGGUCAUGACGCUUUGGUGGCCGGACCCGUUCACACGUACGAGGUGGACCCGGAGUACGACCCACAGACUCUGCACCCUGUCCCGCCGUUCUACGAGGACUACGAAGACUCCGACGCAGGUGGAGCGGCGACGUUCGAGGGACUGCGAGCGGAGGAGUGCGGGGUGCUAAACGGCUGUGAGAACGGGCGGUGCGUGAGGGUACCGAAGGGGUUCACCUGCGACUGUUUCGACGGAUACACGCUCGACAUGUCCAGGAUGGCCUGCGUCGAUGUGAACGAGUGCUCGGAGCUGAACAGCAGAAUGUCUCUGUGCAGAAACGCUAAAUGCAUCAACACACCGGGAUCGUACCGGUGCCAGUGUUUACCCGGGUACACACCAUCCCAUCAACCCAACUACUGUGUACCCAGCGUGCCCAGCACUGACACUAACACACAGUGACCCGCAGGGGGCGCCAUCAACACACACAGCACACACUACAUAGACACUACACUUAUUUAAUCUAAGCCCGUAUACUCUGCACUGUAUUCCACACACACACACACACACACACACACACACACACACACACACACACACACAGACUUGAGAUGAAGAUGAACUGUGUUUUAUUCUGCCAUCAGAAGGAUUUUAUGUGACAAACCCGAGUGACUGGACGCUGGGGGAUCAUCCAUCAGCCACGAAUCUUUUAUUUUAUCGUUUUAUAAAUAUUAAUAAUCUGAGUUUUUAUUUGCCGUCGUCUCCUCUCAGUCCAGCGUGUGUUUUUAUACUCUGUGGCUUUUCUUUAUUCAUCCUGGGUUCAGAACCUCACAGGAACGCAUCGAUAUCCGACCAGAACAUUGUGAUUAUUGUGGAAGUGUAUCGACAAGUCAUGAUAUUACCAGAAUGUCCCACUAACCGGCCACUUUAUUAGGAACGCUUUAGUCCAUCUUGGGUCUGUCUGAAAUAAUUUAGACCAGGGGUGCCCACACUUCAGCGGCUUCAGAUCUACUAUAAGUUCCUGUACUGAUAUUCAGCUUCACAGCUUCACACUGACCUCAUUCUGAUGAUUUGUACUGAAGGGUGUCGGUCAGGUUCAUGUAUCUGGACAGUAGCUGCUGAUACUGAUUCUCAAACAGCGUCCAAGGAUGGAUCCAUAUUUACACGUCAUUAUAUUCAUGUCGAAAAAGCUGAUUCACACAAGCAGGUCGAUCCAAAACUGCUGUUAAAUAUGUGGAUCAUUUUCUCGUGUUUGGAUAUUUUUCCUCCACCAGCAAGUUCCAAAACUGUCCAGCAGAGGCGCUCGACUUCAUCUGAAUGUCAGAUUGAGGGUUCAGAUGUGAGAAUAUGAAUGAAACAGCGUCUCUGCCUCUGUGUUCCCACUUGAAUCCAAGCGUUUUGGUUUCUUUGUGCUCGGUCGCCUCUCAUCUACACUAACAGUGCGGGUUUGUGGCGCAAACUGGCUACUGAUGAAUGAAAACGUUCUAGAUUAGCGGCGCUUUAGGUAACAAACAGCAAAGUAAAGAAACAGCGGCCGCAUUUCAUGUUGAACACGUCGACCUGUUGUAAUCGACUGGCUGAUCGUGAUCAACGUAUCAGGAACCCCUGAUUUAGACGAUUACGUAAUCGCUGUCCCCGCCUUACUAAGCUAACACAGUUAGCCUCAGGUCAUUCAGUCAUCAUCAUAAUGUUCCUAAUGAAGUGGUCGAGUUAGAUAUAAGAAGCGCUAUCGCUGUGUUCUGAACAGAUCAGGAUUUAUUUUUAAUAAAAUGAUUCCUUUUUAUGAACAUGAAAUGUUUGGAGGUGGCCACGCCGAUAUUAUUAUGCUACAUUGUGUUCCCCCUUCUUAGCACAUUUAUUAUUAUUAUUAUUAAUUUUAUUGUUAUUAUUAUUAUUAUAUAUUUGUUUAUAACCCUAAAUCCUCACAAAGCAAAGCAAGAACAAAAAACCUAAAAUCUAGAAUAUAAGAGAAUAUUUUUAUAUGUUCCUGAUCAGAAAAUAAGAACAGUUUGUGCUCAUUAUAUUUUCAGAAAUGUUAGAUUAGCACUGACUCAGCGUUCACGUUACGCUAACAUUCUGUUUUAUAAACAAGACAUUCAUAUUUAUUCGGUUUAGCCACAGUAAGAAGCUGUCGCUGUUUGUUAGCUACAGAUUUACUCACAGUGCUAGCUAGAAAUUUUUUAGAAACACUAAUCACACUGUUAGCUACAAAUGCUAAAGCAUUAACGACAGUGCUAGCUACAAACACUAAAACACUAAUCACACUGUUAGCUACAAACACCAAGCUAGCUUUAAAAUAAUAUUUAUAUUAAAUGUUAAACUUGUGCCUUAUAGAAAAGCAGCAAACAUGAGGUAGUUAGCAUGUAGCAUUCCUGGCUAGCUGGUGACUUACUGUACAUCUUAAACUUCAAAACUAAAAUUGAUUUUUAUUAAACGUUUUAAUACUGAAAGACUUUUUCUACUGUAGAGGAUUAAAAAGUGAUAAAACUGUAUUUAAUGAUUGUAAUAAUCAUCUGCCUUUGCUAACCUUUUGAGGAAUUUUAACUGCCAGCAAUGCAGCUAAUUUUUAGCCUUAAGGUCCCGCCCCUUUGUCUAUAAUAACCAAUCAGAAUCCUCAGUUUGUGUGACGGUGGUGUUUAGUGUUUUUUGUUUGUAAUUGUAAGCUAGUUUAAACCUUCGAUGUUUAUUUCCAUGGCAGUGAAAUACUGGAAACUUCGGAGCCGAAAGCGUUUAUGGUUUUAAUUUCAUUAUUUAGAACUUCGUCUGAAAAACAUGAAGUAAAUAACGUUUAUAUAUUUAUUAAAAUAAAAAGUUAGGUUAGCAUAGCAACAGAACAUAAAACAUUAGCAGCGCUGGGGUGUUUACUGUUCCCCUGUUCUUACACGUUUGUUCAUGCUAAGCAGCUUAGCUUUACUGCUAUACAAAAAAACAACAUUAGCCGUAGCAUUGUUGCUCUGUAGCGUGAACGCAGAGUCGCUAGAUGAAUCGUGAUCGUAGCUUUUAGCCUUUAGCUUUUUUACUCGUUUUCUGUUUUUGUAAACACAAAGUGCCUGAACUCGUCUCCUUCUGUUUUUUUUAAGCUGAAUCGUUUAAAUCUUUUGAAUCUUUUGAAUCUUUUGAAUCUUUUGAAUCUUCUGAAUCUUUUGCCGGGUUGCAAAGCUGCUAUGAAACAGCCGUGAGAUUUUUAUUCUCUUUUUUUGUACAUUUAAACAAAGGAGGAAUUUUAAUAAAAGUUUUUAUGUGUUUAUAAUUUGUACAUGGAUUAAAAAAGCUCUUGUAUGAUUGUAUAAAUACGAAUAUUAAUAAAUCUGAAUAAAUCACGA